CAACAGAAAAUAUCGCAAACACCUCAGACGCCAGGAUUCUUUGCUGAGGUAUCUGGGUAUGGAAGCAGAUCCAAUGCAUGGACCACGAAAACUAGAGGUUGUGGAGAUCAAAUCUAGACAAAUCACAAUUUGCUGGGAACCAUUUGGAUAUAACGUUACACGUUGCCAUCGGUACAACCUCACAGUCCAUUAUCGUUACCAGGCUGGAGGACAAGAGCAAGUGAGAGAAGAAGUAAGUUGGGAUACAGAAAGUUCGCAUCCCCAGCACACAAUUACUAAUCUAUCACCGUACACAAAUGUCAGCAUCAAGUUAGUGCUAAUGAAUCCCGAAGGACGAAAAGAAAGCCAAGAACUUGUUGUACAAACUGAUGAAGAUGUCCCGAGUGCUGUGCCACUGGAAUCCAUUCAAGGGAGCACCUUUGAAGAGAAGAUUUUUCUUCAAUGGAGAGAGCCAGCGCAAACAUAUGGUGUGAUUACUUUGUAUGAGAUCACCUACAAAGCAGUCAGUUCCUUUGACCCAGAAAUAGAUCUAUCCGAUCAAAGUGGACGAGUCUCAAAGCUAGGAAAUGAAACGCACUAUCUCUUUUUUGGACUGUAUCCUGGCACUACCUACUCUUUUACCAUCAGAGCCAGCACAGCUAAAGGCUUUGGACCUCCAAUCACAAAUCAGUUCACCACUAAAAUAUCAGCACCCUCUAUGCCACCGUAUGAACUUGAAACACCUUUGAAUCAAACUGACAGCACCGUGACAGUCUUGCUGAAACCUGCACAGAGCAGAGGCGCUCCUGUCAGCGUCUAUCAAAUAGUUGUUGAAGAAGAACGCCCGCGGAGGACCAAAAAGACAACUGAAAUCCUGAAGUGCUACCCAGUGCCCAUUCAUUUCCAGAAUGCCUCGCUUUUGAAUUCCCAGUACUACUUUGCUGCAGAGUUUCCAGCCAAUGGUUUACAAGCUGCUCAGCCUUUUACUAUUGGUGAUAACAAAACAUACAGUGGUUUCUGGAACACUCCUCUUCUUCCUCAUAAGAGCUACAGCAUCUAUUUUCAAGCUGCUAGCAGAGCCAAUGGGGAAACCAAAAUCGACUGCGUCAGGGUAGCCACAAAAGCUGCGAUAAUCGUGACUCAGCUUACAACACCAUACAUUCGCAUCGCCCCUGCUGCAGGCGACGACCAACUAACAGGGGCUGCCACUCGAAAACCAGACCCAGAGCCUGAGAAGCAGACUGACCAUACUGUUAAAAUUGCUGGAGUCAUUGCAGGCAUCUUGCUGUUCGUCAUUAUAUUUCUGGGGGUUGUGCUCAUAAUGAAGAAAAGAAGAAGCUAUCACUCCUACACUUAUUACCUAAAAUUGGCUAAAAAGCGGAAAGAGACAUUGAGUAGUACACGGCAGGAAAUGACAGUGAUGGUGAAUUCAAUGGAUAAAAGCUACACUGAGCAAGGCACCAACUGUGAUGAAGCUUUCUCUUUCAUGGACACGCACAAUCUAAAUGGGAGAUCUGUAUCUUCACCAUCUUCAUUUACAAUGAAAACUAACACAUUGAGCACAACAGUGCCUAAUUCUUAUUACCCAGAUCCAUUUGUGCCAACUGCAAUUUUAGUGCCAAUCAAUGAUGAAACCCAUACGAUGGUCAGUGACACAAGCAGCCUGGUCCAAUCCCAUACCUACAAGAAGCGAGAUCCAGUGGAUGUCCCCUACCAGACUGGACAGCUUCAUCCAGCCAUCCGUGUAGCUGACUUGCUACAGCACAUCACCCAAAUGAAGUGUGCAGAAGGCUAUGGAUUCAAAGAGGAGUAUGAA